AUGGAGAACUACCAAAAGAUUGAAAAGGUCGGCGAGGGAACAUACGGCGUCGUGUACAAGGCGCGCGACCUUACGCCCGGUGCCAAUGGCCGGAUUGUCGCUCUGAAGAAAAUCCGUCUCGAGGCCGAGGACGAGGGCGUGCCCUCGACGGCCAUCCGCGAGAUUAGCCUGCUGAAGGAGCUGCGUGACGAGAACAUUGUGCGCCUCUUUGAGAUCAUCCACCAAGAGUCGCGCCUGUACCUCGUGUUCGAGUUCCUGGACCUGGACCUGAAGAAGUACAUGGACAAUGUCUCGAGCCAGCCCGAGGGUCUUGGACCUGAGAUUGUUAUGAAAUUCACAUACCAGCUCGUCCGUGGCAUCUGCUUCUGCCAUGCCCACCGCAUUUUGCACCGCGACCUCAAGCCGCAGAACCUGCUGAUUGACAAGGAGGGCAACCUGAAGCUCGCCGACUUUGGCCUGGCGCGUGCCUUUGGUAUUCCUCUGCGCACCUAUACGCACGAAGUCGUCACGCUCUGGUACCGCGCGCCUGAGGUCCUGCUGGGCUCGCGCCACUACAAUACGGCGAUCGACAUGUGGUCGGUGGGCUGCAUCUUUGCCGAGAUGGCGAUGCGUACGCCCCUCUUCCCUGGCGACUCGGAAAUUGAUGAGAUCUUCCGCAUUUUCCGCACGCUCGGCACGCCCAACGACGAGACUUGGCCCGGCGUCAAGUCGCUGCCGGACUACAAGACCUCCUUCCCGCAGUGGAGCGGCGUCCCGCUCAAGAAGGCUGUGCCUGCGCUCGACGACAAUGGCCUGGACCUAUUGCGCCAGAUGCUCGUCUACGACCCUGCGAGCCGGAUAAGCGCCAAGCGCUCGCUGAACCACCCCUACUUUGCUGCAGUGACCGACAACUAA